AUGCGAGAAGAGCACGACCGCGUCUUCACCCCUGGUAUUGAGGCGACUUACGAGAUGCUGAAAACGGAUCCUUAUAGAGUGAACGAGCUUACGUACACAAACCAUGUUGUCAAGGAGAUCCUCCGAUUCUUCCCGAUAGGCAACACUGCGCGUAAGGGCAUUGAUACUCUUAAGUACCAGGGCCGAGAGUGGCCGGCCAAAGAUAUCAUGAUUUGCCCAGUCCAACUGGCUAUGCACAUGGAUCCUGCGAUAUUUCCAGACCCGCUCAAAUUUGACCCCGAUCGAUAUGCACGAGAAGAUUUCCCGCGUCACGCAUGGCGUCCAUUUGAAAGAGGUCCACGUGCCUGCCUUGGUCAACCUCUGGCUAUGGACGAGUUGUUGAUCACGUUCUUGUUGACGAUACGAGAUUUCGACUUUACAUGCGCAGAUUUGAAACCUAACAAGACGCCUCGAGUGGACUGGUUCGACCUGGAUUUAACGUUCGGCGACCGCGCCUUUCAAGAGUUCGUGUUCGAAGCGAAACCACGCGAUGGCAUGCCAAUGACAGUCAAGAGAUCCAACUGGCCUUCGUAG